AUGGUGCCGGCGUAUGCGUCGGAGGCGAGUCCGUUGGCGAUGAGGAGUGUGAACACGAGUUAUGCCAAUCUGUGUUUUGUUACAGGGCAGUUGCUAGGAAAUGGGGUUACGGCUGCGACGCAGCAUAUGAACAGUUACUGGACUUAUUCGAUUCCGUUCUCGCUGCAGUGGUUCUGGUUGUUGGUUGUUUUGGCGGGGAUGUGGUUUGCGCCCGAGUCGCUUGCGAGGUUGUCGAGCCAGAAGGUCAACGUCAAGGCUUCAGUGGCGCAGAUUGUAGAGACUGAUACGCUGGAGAGGGAUAUGGAGGCUGGAAGCAUUUUGGAUUUCGUACCAACACAAGGAGCUGUAUGGGCAAAGUCCGCUAUGCUGUUGGUCUGUAACUCGAUCUACAAUUGCAGCGUCGGUCUUAUGGCUUCCGCCAUCUUCUGUGAAGUCAGCGCAAUACGAGUGCGUUCCAAGACAAUCGCAGUAGCUACCGCAGUGCAAACUCUGGUCGGCAUCAUCAUGACUGUUGCCAUUCUUUGCCUCAUCCGGAAUGAUGAGGCAAACUUAGGAGGGAAGUUGAGCUUCUUCUUUGACGGUCUUUCUGUACCAUGUCUGAUCUGGUGGUUUUUGCGAGUACCAGAGAUGAAUGGCCGAACCUAUGAAGAGCUAAACAUCAUAUUCGAAAGGAACGUGAAGACGAGGCAGUUCAAGGGUUAUCAGAUCUGA